AUGGAAGUUACAAAUGAUACAACAGAUUUAUUUCGUAAAUUUAAAUUAAAACGUAAUUUAGUCACAUUAAAUUGCACGGAAACAAAUAAACACCUAAAAUGUAAUAGUAUAUAUUCAUUAUCAACGUUUCAAUUUAAUCGCAGUGACAGUGACAUGAUCAAUUUGUGUAGUAAUUCAAGUUCAGAAUCAUUACGUUCAAAUACACCAGAAUUAUUUGUUGAUGGACAUUUUCAAGAGUCUCCACCAUCAACAGCCUUUUAUCCUACACAAGCUAUUACUCAUCAAUCCGAUAACUUUUCUUCACAACUUCAUCGUGUUAAAAGUUUUUCACCAUCUUGCUCCAUAAGUUCAACGACAUCUGAAGAAAAAGAGGUUGAUAUACGAGACAAAGGGCCGAUGAAUACUGUUCAAUCAUUCUCUCUUUCAAAUGGUACUAACAGUUCAUAUUCUAUGACACCUGUACAUCAGUCACCCAGUAUAGAGAAAACAGGAUUUUCAUUUAAUCCGACAUUCGAUUUUCAAUCAUAUCAAGAGCAAGAUGAAAUGAAAAACCAAGGAAAUAAAAUAAGAAAAAAAAUACAAAAAAAUCAAUCAUUUAAACAUGGAAAUAAUAUUGAAGACGAUCAGACUGUUCAUCAAACACCAGAUAUUGAAGAAUUAAAAAAACAUGAAGAAGCUCUUCUAAGGCAAAUAGAAUUUUUAGAUUCAAAUGUUUAUGGAACAGAAGACAAUUACAAUAAUAAUAAUAAUAAUAAUAAUACAGAUUAUCAGUGUCUACAACGUGAUUCGUCGCCAUCAUAUCAUAGACAAAAUGGUUUAUGUAGUCCUGUUAACUCAUACGGAUUGGAGAAAGAUAAUAUAUUACCAAAAAUAAAUCAUACUAAUAAUAAUAGUCGAGAAAAAUUAGGAGAAUGUGUUGUUUGUAAAGAUCGUGCCACUGGUAUACACUACGGUCUGUUAACGUGUGAAGGUUGCAAAGGAUUUUUUAAACGAACCGUACAAAAUAAACGAAAAUAUCGAUGCAGUGUCAAUGGAAAUUGUGUCGUAGAUAAAACACAACGUAAUCGUUGCCAACACUGUCGAUUUCAAAAAUGUUUAAAAAGUGGUAUGGUAAUUGGGGCUGUACGUUUGGAUCGUGCGCCAGGUGGACGAACACCAGAAAAUGUUGCACGUCUCUACAGGUAUAAAAAUGCUCAAAAUUUAGUCAUAUCUCAACCAUCAAUCGAUUCUACUCAUAAUUUCGAAUGUGUUUUGAUGAAUUCAUGUAAUUUAAAAUCAGCAAUGGAAGAAAAACUGAAUACGUCUCUAUCUCUAUCACCAACACCUACAGAAAAAUAUCGUUUCGAUCAAUUAUCAACAAUUGACUCCAUGUUUGAUCUACUUAAACAAUUACUAAACGUAACAAACAUGGAAGAUUUAUCAUUAGCGAUUAAAAAAAUAUGUAAUUCAAUGAUCGAUCGUUUUAUGUUAUGGUACAAAGAUUUGCCAUUUUAUCAACGUCUCAAUUUGGAAUUAAAUAAUCAAAUAAUGGGUAAUCGAUGGUCAGAUGUAUUAUUUUUCUUUGUGGUGUAUUUUCUAUCGACCAAUACGACUUAUUCACAAUCAUAUCUCCUAUCGCAUAACGAACACUUAAAACGUUUAUUAAAAUAUUUAAAUAUUGAGAAAAAAAACACUGUCAAUAACAGUGACGACGGAAAUAUGAAUUUGAAUGAUAAUCAAUAUAUUCGAUAUAUUACUGAAUUAUUAAUUGAAUUUAUUCAUUUAAUGUUACAAUGUAAAUUAACUGAAACAGAAUUUUCAUUAAUUAGUAUUUUACUUGUGACAAAAGCUGAAGAACCAUUGAAUAUUCAUAUUCACAAGGAGUUAAACUCAUUAGAAAAUUCUUAUUUGGAUGUAUUACAAUCAUAUGAAGUCAAAACGUAUCCACAACAACCAACGCGUAUGACGCAAAUAACAUUAUUGAUUAGUCAAAUCAAACACAUCUCACAAUCACUUGUAACAAAUAGAAUGUUCUUUCUCCCAUUUUUACUAAUUCCGAGAUCUUUAUAA